CAAAAAAAGUAAAUCUCCAAAAAAAAACCAUAUUGGAGCAAUAUUUGGGCUUUCUAUGAAAUUGGCUCCUAUUUGCUGUCCCUCUGUCAUUGGCUUUCCAUUGCAACCGCCGGCAGCCUUCUACCACUAAGGAACGGAACCUGUUCAGAUCAGGGUUUCGGGUUUUAUACCUUUGCAGAAUUGAGUACCGAGGGAUAUGUAUUCUCUUUUUCGCUCCCGUUAUGCUCGUCGAUCUCCGUCCCUGAUCUCUCUCCUUGCUCGUGACAAUGCUCAGUUCACUGGUUCGAGGUCUUUCUCUGUGAUUCCCGGAAAAUCUGGUCCCCAAGAGAGUUCUCUAGGAAGUUCAAAAUCUUUUGACUGCAUUGCAGGGAGAAAGGUUGCACACCAUGUUUGCGGACUUUCUGCUAGCUCAAAUUUGAGUUCCAGUGUUAUGCAUUUCAAGGGUGUCUCUGCUCCAUAUGCUUUGAGUUUCCUUUCUUCCAUACAUUCUGGAAUCAUGAAAGAAAUUGAGAACAGAGAGAAUCCCAUGAACUUUGUAAGGGGCAUUAUACAACAAAAUGAAAGAAACCCAAGGGGUUUUAUCCCUCAAGAUGAAAGAAACCUGAGGGGUUUUAUACCACAAGAUGAAAGAAACCCAAGGGGUUUUAUACCACAAGAUGAAAGAAACCCCAUGAACUUUGUAAGGGGUAUCAUACAACAAGAUGAAAGAAAUUUCAUGGGGGGUUCUCGCUUUCCUCGAUAUAAUGUUGAGCAUGAUGCUGAUUUUGUCCACAUAAAGUUGAUGCGUAACAAUACGUUUGUUACAGUCACAGAUUCAAAGGGAAACAAAAAGAUUGGGGCUUCAGCUGGAUCUUUGCCAGAAAUGAAAGGAGGGGCAAAGCAAUCUCGAUAUGCUGCUGAAGCAACUGCAGAGCAUGUAGGAAGAAUGUCAAAAAAUCUUGGAUUAAAAUCAGUUGUGAUGAAGGUGAAAGGGUUUACUUUCUUUAAAAAGAAAAAACAAGCAAUUAUAAGCUGGAGAGAGGGGUUUACUAAUUCACGAGGGGAUCAGAAUCCAAUAGUAUACAUUGAGGAUACAACUCGGCGUCCCCAUAAUGGCUGCCGGCUUCCCAAAAAGCGCCGUACUUAGUACUAAGCUGGUUUGUUACUGAACUUUAUUUCACUUGGCAACAACAGUUCUUUUUCAUCACUUUAUUUUUGUGUAAGAGGACAAACAUGCUCAGGUAUGAAAUAAAUAGAUGCAAAGGGCUUUAUGCAAUUUUCCCUUAUAUGAUUACACUAACGGUAGUGUUUUUUUUUAGAAUACAUUCUGUUUGGACUAGCUCGGUUGUGAUCUUUAUUUAGUUUUUUCUUAAUGGUAGUUGGGAUGGAGCUUGCCCUUUAUUUUUUUUUACUGAUUAGUUGUCGCUGUUUGUGCACUGAUGUUUUCAUUUGGGAAAUUUGUGUAACGUUUGUUGGGUUACAAUCAAUGAUUUUGAAUUGUUGUACCAAAAUAACUAAUACCUUUCCAGUUUUAUUUGGAUUGAUUUAUUGAUCCGCUUUGCUUGUGGAAUGCUGUA